UUGUUUAACAUAUUUAGAAAUUUAUUUGUAAUCCAGUCGGCAAAAACAUUUACUUUUUAUGCUAACAACAAUAAAACUAUCUCUACUACAACUAUAAGAGUAAUAAAAGUGCUUGAACAAAGAGAGCUUCUUCAGGACGCAUUCCAAUUCAUCAAGAGAGGUAAAUACAGGUUUGGUAGCUCAUUCUUCAAGCACAAAUAUAGAAUAAUGAGGAAAGUGAUUGCAGAUGAAGAUGAUAAUGCGCAUUGCAGUAAACUGUUGUGUGAAGCGGCUUUGCUGGAGAAAAAACAGGAUAUAUCUGGUGCUGAACAGAUAUACAAAUGCUUACUAAGGGUGAUUAACAGAGAAUAUCGGACAGAAUCAUUUGUUAAGUAUUCAAAAUUUCUAGUAAGAAGGGAAGAGUUGCAGUUGGCGAGGAAGAACCACGGAAAAGCGAUCGCACAACACUUGGAUGUUUACGAAGAAUAUUUGAGUAUGGAACGGAUGUUAGGCGACAAGACGAGAAC